CAAAAUUAAACAAGAAAAAGGCUACAAGUGUUUUCUCAUAUAGAACCACCCUGCCUAAGCCAAGCUAUACUCCCAUGGACUGGAAGCUCAUCCUAUCGUUGCUCUUAAUUUGCAUGGCGGUUUCCUCGCCGCGGCCGCCGGCAUAUGCUCACUGGAACAUCUCAUGCGACUCCUGCCAUAAUUACCCACCUUACCACCGCCCUACUCCUCCCAAAUCCGGCCGCCCUCAUCCGCCCAAAAUCCCCUGCCCACACCCACCUCCGAAGGUCUUGCCGCCUAUACACUUCCCUCCCGUCGUCACGCCACCAGUCACUCGUCCUCCCGGCAUCCUCCCUCCGGUCAUAAACCCUCCGGUCAUUUUGCCUCCUCCUGCGGGAAUCUUACCCCCCAUAAUCAACCCUCCUGUCGUCCUGCCUCCUCCCGGCAUCCUCCCCCCGAUCAUAAACCCUCCUAUCACCAACCCACCCGGGUGGGGUGGUGGAGGUGGAAGCGGAGGGGGAGGCUAUCCUCCUUAUACCCCUGCACCAGGAACGGGAGGAGGAAGUGGUGGUGGAGGAGGAGGCAGUGGCGGUGGCGGUGGAAUUAUUUUUCCACCGCCGACCACUCAGUGUCCGAUAAACACCUUGAAGCUAGGGUUGUGUUUGGAUGUGCUUGGAGGAAUUGUGCAUGUGGGAAUAGGAAAUCCGGUGGAGAAUGUUUGUUGUCCGGUGCUUCAAGGGCUGCUAGAGCUGGAGGCGGCGGUGUGUCUUUGCACCGCCGUGAGGCUUAAGCUUCUCAACCUUAAUAUUUUCAUUCCACUAGCCCUUCAAGUUUUAGCAACUUGUGGUUUGACCCCUCCUCCUGGUUUUGUUUGUCCUCCUAUUUAUUAGGAGACUCUGUUUGUCCCUAUGGACGAAUAGUGAAUGCUUGUCUCAAUCGUAGUUGUCCGACUAACUGGUUCCUCGUUGAAUUGUGAUCGUGUAAUCUCAAUUUUUCGGACAUCUAUCGCGUGAGACAAGCACUAGUAGAUUUGGAUUUCGUCUUGCUACUCUUUUAUUUUCUAGCUAGAUUUAUGUGUUUAUAUUAUGUUUUAUGGAGAUGAGAGGGGAUGGUUAAUAAGAUGAAGUGCUAAAU